UUUCUCAUUUCUAUCAUUUCAGAUUAAUUGAUUUUGGUAUCGAUGAACAUGAGUAUGACGAGGUUCACGAACUACCAGAAGAAUCCAACAUUAAUCCACAAAUUGCAACUACAACAACAGAUAUACACGUACAACAGCAGCAACCACUCUUACACGCCACAAAUACAAAAAACAACAACAACAGCACAAACACAACGGAUUUACCCCCCGAAUUGCCACCGCCAAAGCAAAACAAAGUGAAGAACUCAAAGAAAAAUAAAUCGAAAUCGAAAAUUCCACGCUCACCAUCACUUGCCUCGAGCAGCAGCAGUGCUGCGUUAACGACGACAACUGGUGGCGGUAGUAAUCAUCUAAACAACAGCGGCAAUAAUUUUGGUAGUGCAAUUAAUUAUUCACAAUCGGUCAGCGGUGGCCGCAACACACCAUACUCAUCCAUACCACCACAGACACCACCACUGCCGGCCAACUAUCAACAAAGUAAAUUGCAACAUAUGAAUGGUGGCAACGUCACACCAACACAAAAGAUUCCACAAACGCCAUUAGGUGCAUUCGGUGCCGGCAUUUCACCUGUGACGCCAACAACACCAACAAUUCUGGUGUCCAACAGCGGUGGUAAUAAUAAUGUUGGUUUCGCAAGCACACCAACCGGUGGUAGUGUUGUUGUUGGUGGACUCGCAGUGAUGGGUGGCGGUAGUGUGCCACUUAGUGGUGGCCACGGUGCCAAUGGCUCAAGCGUUGGCGGCAAUGGCGUCGGUGGUGGCGGUGGGGGUAAUCAGCGGGGAAGCGUUAAUAUGGCUUCAGCUCGACGCCCACAGCUGCAAAUCUCUCCCAUACCGGAGUCGCCGAAACAUUUUCAGUAUUUGACUUUGACGGUGCGCAAGGACGAGAAUGGAUAUGGCAUGAAGGUCUCUGGCGACAAUCCAGUUUUUGUUGAAAGCGUUAAACCAGGUGGAGCGGCACAAAUUGCUGGCUUAGUUGCCGGCGAUAUGAUCUUAAAGGUCAAUGGACAAGAAGUGCGUAUGGAGAAGCAUCCAACUGUGGUUGGCUUAAUAAAAG